GAGGCCAUACCACAAUUGGGGGGUCGACCUCCAAGGGGCCAACCUCUGAAAUUAGACCUUCCUGACACCUCUGGAAUGUGUGUCUCCAUGCCAAGUUUCAGCUCUUAUUAACCGGAUGUUGCGAAUGGAUACACACACACAGCAUAUUAUAUUAUAUGACUAGAUAUUAUACUAGAUUCUUACUAACAUUUCUAAUCUAGCGACUUGAGCUAUGGUGUAAUGAUCUUGUGGCAACACUGACACACAACACUGACACACACGGCGGGAAGGAUCACCCACAUGUUCUUCUCAACCUUCUCUUUUUUAUAACAGGGUUUAUAUUUGCACCUUGGAACCUUCAGUAAAGUUGGUGGGGGACUGUAUUACCAGGCAAGAUGGGUGCAAAACAAGAUGACACCUUUCGCAUUCUUGUGGCAACUGACAACCACAUUGGGUAUGCUGAAAAUGAUCCAGAGCGAGGCGACGACAGCUUAGAAACCUUCGAAGAAAUUCUCCAGAUGGCAGUGGAACAGAAAGUGGAUUUUAUUUUAUUAGGGGGUGAUCUCUUCCAUGAAAACAAACCGUCUCGCCAGUGUUUGGUGCGCUGUAUGGACAUGAUUAGGAAGUACACUUUUGGUGAUAGCCCUGUUCUGUUUGACUUCAUAAGUGAUCCGGUGGAAAACUUCAAGCAUGCCAAGAACCCGACGGUCAAUUAUCUGGACCCCAACCUGAAUAUUGCCAUCCCGAUCUUCUCAAUCCACGGCAACCAUGAUGAUCCAUCAGGUCCUGGCCAGUUUUGUGCUCUGGAGAUGCUUUCAGUAGCAGGGCUGGUAAAUUAUUUUGGAAGAACCACAGAUCUUCAGGAAAUCAAGAUUUCUCCAUUAUUGUUGGAAAAGGGACAAACCAAACUGGCCAUAUAUGGUCUGUCCUCCGUCAAGGAUGAAAGACUCUUUAGGCUGUUUAGGGAGAAUAAGGUCAAAAUGCUUCGUCCCAAAGAGUCCAUGGAAAGUUGGUUCAAUAUCAUGGUCCUUCACCAAAACCACGCUAAACACGGCCCAACCAACUACAUACCAGAGAGUUUCCUCGACCCCUUCCUGGACUUGGUCAUCUGGGGUCACGAACACGAGUGUCUCAUAGAGCCCAGGUUGUCUGCCGAGGACUCCUUUCAUGUUAUUCAGCCAGGCAGCUCUGUAGCCACGUCGCUGUGUGCAGGAGAGGCCGUGACCAAGAACGUGGCCCUACUAGAGGUGAAUAAUCAGCAGCAGUUCAAGACAACGGCUCUACCGCUAAAGACUAUCAGACCUUUUUUAUUUGAUAAUGUGUGUCUGGCUGACUAUGACAUAGGUAUGGUGAUUGACAGCAAUAAGUCAAAUCCUGUGGAAGACUUUGUUGAAGAAUAUGUCCACAAGAUGCUAGUUAAAGUCAAGGGACUUAUUACAGGUCACCCACGGCAGCCCAAGAAACCGCUGAUUCGGCUAAGGGUGGAGUACACGGAUGAGUCGCAGAUGUUUAACGCGUGUCGGUUUGGUCACAGGUUCAAAGAUGACGUGGCAAAUUCUACUGAUAUGAUAUUGUUUAGAAAAAAGAAACUAGAGAAAAAGGAGGAAAUUGGCAUUGAUAAGGACGCUAUGGAUGCCGUGUUUAAUGAAGAUGUGGCAGAGACUCGUGUUGAGGACCUUGUAGAGCAGUACUUUGCUGAUCUUGAUACUGAACACCAGCUGUCUCUCCUGACUGAGAGGGGUCUGGCACGGGCCAUACGCUCAUUCGUGGAAAAAGACGACAAAGAUGCAAUAAAAACAAUUAUUGAGCACCAGGUGGACAAAACACGGAAGUAUAUCAUGUCUCUGGAUAAGGAAUUUAUUGAGGAUAAAAUAGAGAGCAACAUUAUUAAUUACCGACAGCAAAGGAAGUCCCGUCUGAACGCUCAACAAGAGGAAAAUGAGACUCUCACUGCCCUUAACGAUCCAAACCGAGUCAAGCAAAGAGUCAGCGAAGGUGAUGAGGACGAUGAGGUGUUAAGUGACUUUGAUAUGGAUGAAGAACCUGCACCAAAACCUGCCAGGGGCAGAGGGUCAAGAGGUCCGCGGGCAAGAGGAGCCAAACCAAGAGGCAGCCGGGGAUCUAGGACUGCCUCCAGCACCUCCAUGAGUACUAGUUCUGCGUCGUCUAGUAAACAAUCGCUCACAAUAUCAGGCUAUGGAUCUCCAAAGGUUUCUACUACUGCCAGCAGAGCCCGGAGAGGACAAGGCAGAGGAGCAGUUUUGUCUAGAAACCAGAACACCAUGGAUUCCUUCUGCAAGCCUAUCCAGAGACCAGCAGCAUCUCAGUUAGGUCCUAGGGGUGCAGUCUUUGAUAGCGAUAGUGAUUAGGUGAUGUUUACUGCAAUAUAAGUUAGAACAUAAAACAUCA